UGAGUUUGAUAUUAUUCAGAUUGAGCUAUGUGGUCGAUAAUUUUGUCUAUUUUUUGAGAGAGUGCAUCCAGAAAAUCGAUUUUUCUCCUGCCUCCACUCUAUGACCUUGAACGCAUGUGGAGCUUAAAAAAAGCUGUAGCGAAAUGAUUCUCAACGCAAUAUCAAUCGUCAGUAUGCGGCUAUUGGGCGUGUUACUCUUACUAGCAGCAUGUUGUUGCCCGUGUCUAUCCCUGCGGUGCUACAACUAUACCGAAGAUUCUGGGUCUGAGCCGGACAGUGUUUUGGUAGUUUGUCCAGCUGGACUUGUAUGCAUGGCGAUAGUACGAGUAGAAGUUCUCGAGAAGUAUAAUCCGUCCCUCAAAAAUAUCACUAAUACUGCUGAUUGGGGAACGAAGAGUAAAGUUGGAAAAGAAGAGCCGAAAUUGCUUGUAACUCGAGACAGCAUUUAUCACCAGAUGUGUUUUACAACUCAAUUAUAUAAGUGUUCGAAUCCUUACUCUGCAUGCCAGCGGAUUAAUAAUUCGAAGUUAGAACUUGCCCUCUGCUGCUGCGACCAUGGAUUGGAUGGCUGCAAUAGGGCCAGCAAUAUUGUCAUCUACGCCAGUCAGUUAAAAAUUCCCGCCAAACCAAAAGAUGCUGAAGGAGGUUCGGGUGACCGAACAGAAGGUGGCAGGGGAUUGGGUCACUUGGGACUGGUGCUUCUGGUGACACUGGUUCCGGCUACCCUGAUAGGAGUAGUAGCUGUGCUCACUUUCCUCUUCACAUCCUGCAAAUAUACUAAACUCAUCCAUCUGUUGCGCGGCACUAGUGAUCAGUUGAACUCGACUAAUUCUAACCGUGGCUGCAUGCUGGCCAGUGGCGACGCAAACAGGGACAAAGGCGAGGCUAAUAUGUACCAUGAGGGAGCAACAUGUCACCUUACUCGCGAAGCUGCAGGCUCUUCGGGUACAAGUACAGGGACAGAUGGUAAUGCAAUGGGCUUGUUGAAUGAAAACCAGAAGUUUCUACGGUCUCUAGAUCUCUCAGAGUGCCCUCUGAUUGGUCAGGGCAAAUUCGGCAGUGUGUACAAACUGCAGCACAGCUUCAUGGGCGAAAAACAAGUGGCUGUGAAAGUGUUCUACGUAUCAGACAGGGCUUCGUGGCAAAAAGAGGUGGACAUCUUUUCCCUGGCUGAAGUGCAACAUCACCUGGGAGUGCUCCGCUUCCUGGCUGCAGACGACAGAGGAGUGGACGGAUGCUGGCUGGUCACUCAGUACCACCCCAGGGGAUCCCUCUACGACUACCUGUCAUCACAUCACGCCAUAUCUCCACAGGCUAUAAUACGCGUAGCCGAGUCUUUCUUCGGUGGGCUGGCAUUUCUGCACGACGGGAUGAGUGGGGGAGUGCGGGUGGCCCACCGCGACAUCAAGAGCAGAAAUAUGCUGCUGAAGGAGGACUUCACCUGCUGCAUUUGUGACUUCGGACUGGCCAUGCAGCUCAGACCAGACCAGGAGAUAGGCUACACUCACAGUCAGGUGGGCACUCGGAGAUACAUGGCACCUGAGGUGUUGGAGGGCGCCAUCAUCUUCACAGCCGAGGCAUUCCUCAGGAUAGACGUGUAUGCGGCUGCACUUGUCUUGUGGGAACUGCUCUCAUGUACAAACAUUCUGGAGAAGAGAUUGUACCGAGUGCCGUUUGAGGCUGAGCUCGGCCCCUCCCCCACAGCCGAGCAGAUCAAUGUGUUUGUGGCAGAGAGACGUCUCAGACCCACGAUACCACCACAGUGCAUACAGCAUCCGAUGUUGAGUGUGGUGUGUGAGACAGUUGAAGAGUGUUGGGAUCAGGACUGUGAAGCCAGACUGUCUGCAGUGUGUGUCCAGCAGAGACUCCACAGACUCAUUCAGUCACUGUCCUCAUCCUCCUCUCCUCACUCCCCCUCCUUCAACUCCCCCCAACAGCGUCUUCCUGCAGACACACUCCACCCGACUGAGCUACCGCCCCCACCCCUGACAUUCCCACAACAACAACAACAGCAGUCAACACAAGAACACGGGGCACAAGCAGAGUUACAGACGCCCACUGAACACCAUGUGCAGAUGCUGCAUCCUCACAACAUCCAUGCCAGCUGUGUCUAGACACCGUCUUCAAGUUAUGAAACACACUCAACAAAACCUGAUACUGCAUCAAAUUUUACCCAACCUGGACAUAUUACAGACUCAUUUUUAUGCUGAUACAGUAUUAUGACAAAUAUUAGAACAUGAGCCCAGACAACAAAACAACUGGAUUAAAUGAGCAAUCCAUCUGAAA